AUGACGUUCACGCCUCCCAUUGGCAGCCCCUCCAGGGCCCACCGAUUGGAUGAAACGCCUGCCCGCCCCCGCCCUGCGCCCCCAUUGGCUGGCCGGCCCGACACCGGCGGCGGGAGGUUUGCGCGCGGGAGCGCCAUGGAGAGGCUGCGUGACUUGCGGGCGCGUCUGCAGGCUUGGGAGCGCGCGUUUCGGCGGCGGCGCGGGCGAAGGCCGGGCCAGGUGCGGGCUGCUCGGGGCAGGAGCGGGCGGAGGGCGCGGCCGGGGACUGACGCCCUCCCUCCACAGGCGGACGUGGCGGCGGCGGCCGAGGAGACCCAGGCCCUCUCCGCCCUCCCAGCGCUCUACCGGGAGUACCGCGACCUGAAGCAGGUCCUGGGCCAGGCAGGCGGCGUCCGGCCCCGCAGCCCUGAGCAGGCCGCUCCUGUGACGACCCAGGAGCUGGAGCCCACCUGCUGGGGGCCUCACCUGAAUCGGGCUGUGAGGCAGAGUCCACACCCUACCCCAGCACCCAGCACCCAGAGGUCCGUGCCAGACUAUGGGAAGAGGCUUAAGGCCAAUCUAAAGGGCACCCUGCAGGCUGAGCCAGCCCUAGGCCAUGUACCCCGGGCUCCACGAAGACCCUCAUCUGAGACACCUGCCCUGAGGCUGCCAGACACAGGGGCUACCCUCACCUCUCCAGGACUCAGCCAGGUGCCCCCCCAGUGCCCUGGGCCCCAGCCAAGGCCAGGCCGGCUCAAGCAUCUACAGUCAUCCCUGAGCCUACGGCUGGGCUCCCUGGAUCCUGGCUGGCUGCAGCGAUGUCACGAUGGGGCCCCAGAUUUGCUGGGGGUUCCCGGGGCCUGCAGGCCUAGCCUAGGUGCAGAAGAGCUGUGCAGCCCUGGUGAGGGGUCACAGCCUCCCACCUCAGGUGUGCUGGCCGCCCCUCGUACCUGCAGCGGUUCUGAGGCUCCAGUGCUAGAGGGAGCCAGUGACAAUAAAAGGAGCAUUCAGCCCAACAAGAAGCAGAGACAGAGUGGGGAUGCUGGGGGGGCCCCUUCACAGGCUCAGUGGGACAGCAGCUAUGUGGGACCCCAGCCAAAGGAUGCUGGGGCUGCAGAGCCUAAGGAAGACCCACUGGGGGAGCAGUCACCUCGGCCUCCCAGUGGCCCCACAACACCCAGGUCUACUCUCCAGGAAGGGGGCAACUACGUGAGGCUCAACCUGAGGCAGAAACGCUACGUGCGGGGCCCAGCCCUGCGGGGCAGUCAACUUCGAAAGCAGGUGAGGUGGGUGGGGAGUGCCCCUCACCCUUACCUUGUCUGCACCCUUGUGACCUGUUUCUCUGUCUCCCAGGUGUGGAAGCAGAAGUGGCAAAAGAAACAGGAAUGUUUUGGGGGCAGUCACCCCAAAUCCACAUUCAAGAAUUCAUGUUUCCGCUGUGGGCAGCUUGGGCACUGGGCCUCCCAGUGCCACCAGCCAGAGCCUGCCCCAGCCCAAAAGAAGGGCACUAGAGACGAGGGCACACAGCUCCUGUCUAUUCUAGAAGAAGUGGCCCAGAAGACAGGUGCUGCCCACUGCAAACUUCCUGAUGAGGACACUGGAUCUGCCAGGCCCCAUACACCCAACGUGGUGCUCCCGCUCUACCUGCCAGGACCCUUGGGGCAGGUGGCAGAAACCCCACCUGAGGUAUUCCAGGCCCUGGGGCAGCUGGGGUACCAAGCCUUCCGCCCCGGGCAGGAGCAGGCGGUUAUGCGGAUCUUGUCAGGUGAGCCAGGGGCCAGGGCCAGGGGAGCUGUGUGGGCAGAGCCUCCUGCUGACUCCUGGGCCCCACAGGUAUCUCCACCCUGUUGGUGCUGCCCACGGGUGCCGGCAAGUCCUUGUGUUAUCAGCUCCCAGCACUGCUCUAUGCCCAGCGCAGCCCAUGCCUCACAAUAG